AUGCUGCGUACUCAAUCAACAGUGUUCGCAAGGUUUUCGUCCAUUGGGGUUUCUAGAAAUGUUGCCAGAGAAGAGUUAGCACUAGUACGUUCUCCUCUGCCCAAUUACGUUUCCCGUUAUGUCGAUUUUGCCGGACCCAAGUUUGAACUGAAGAGCUCCCUGACAGAUGCUUUCUGGGACCACAAAUUGCAGUUCCUGACAAAGCCUGACAGUUCCUUGCUUCCUCGGCGGCCCCGCAGAAUUCAGCCUCCUACACAAUUUACAGACACGACAGCAUUAGCCAGUUACACUACGUAUCUGACCUGUGCUAGGCCGUCUCCCAACGAGGAGUCCACUGUCUUGAACAUUUUGUAUCGCGACGUCCUCACGGACGAGAAUCUGCCCCUAUUAACUGAGCGUACUAUUGAUCAGCUGCUCGUAUUCCUUCACAGCUACAAUCAUUGUGCAACAAUGCUCAACCUGAUCUUCAACAUGGCUCCCGCAGUAGGUAUUGAGCCCCAAAUAAAAUGGGUGAAUCUCGUACUCAACUCAGCUAUCCAUCUGGACAGACGAUCAAAGGAGCGAGUUCUCGACGCGUGCGUGGACAAGAUCAUUGAGUACGACCUAGACCCGACCUUGGCUUCGUGGACGAGCCUGUUGAUGCUGCUCCCCAAGGAGUCGGCCAAACACUACCUGCAGAGCAUGCUGCAACUCAAGAUCCCUCUUCAGAGAACCAUCUGGCAGGUACUCAAGAUUAAGGAGAAUGAGCUGCGCACGUCCCAGCAGGCCGUUGAGUUUUUGAGGCAGUACCCGGACUCUUUCUGUCAGCUUUCCGGUAGUAUUCACCCAGUCAACUACAUCCGGAUUUACUCUUUCUAUUACAACCUGGACUGUCUGAUCAAAAGUGUAGACGUUUUCCAAAUGAGACGUCCUCUCAAGUUUAGCCACCUGCAACAACUUAUUGUUCAGCCAGCCUAUAAGGGCGAGAUGUACAAGUCGAUCUCUAUGCUUGAAUAUUUUCACUCCAAAUGUCCUAUUUCCUUAUCAAAGAGGCAACUCGUGUACAACCAGCUCUUGAAGUUACAUCUACGUUCACUCGGUGCUCACGAAAAUUACUACAACGUGCUCAGAUUUCUGUACCACAACAGUCAGCAGCACGAAGCUUUCCGCCACAUGAUCCGGACCGCCUUGAAACACCGCAACGCUGAGCACCUUUAUCCUGAAAUGAUCCGGCCUUGUCCCGAGCUGUCAAGUGAUAUUAUUUCCAACCUGACUUGGAAGCAGCCGAUCACAAAAUUGGAGGACAACACGCCCAGCUACCAAAAAUACGCACGCUUAUUUAUAUAA